CUUCCGUCUUAGCGGGUCACCCAAACUCACUCAGUCAUUGUUGCGCUGGCCACCGCUUUCUCUCUUCCCACUAACAUCAUCUCCCUUUUCUCAAUGUUCUCCCAGCCGUCUUCCUCGUCGGCUUCUUCUUCAUCUUCUAUUCAAAAGAUGAAGAAACGUAGAUGGACGCGAGAGCAAUUGCUGAAUAGUCUUGAGAUCUUGGGUCCUCUAGCAGCACCGCUGCCACCAGACCUACCUCCAUCACCUCCCGCUUCCCGGUCAAACUCCCUUUCCCCACCCAAGAGAAAGCAUGAGUCAACUCAGGAAUCCGAUGUAGUAAAGCGUUCUCGUCUCACUGGGCUACCAGAGAAGCCCUCAUCACAUCACCAUCAUCAUUACCACCCACCAGCACCACCGCCUCCACCUCCUCAGCAACCCAUCAGGUCCUCAAACCAAGUUCCUUCAUUCAACUUGCGUUCUGAGCCAUCAGAGGAUGGUGAAGUACGAGAAGAUACCAAUGCCGUGACUACCCGGGGUCCGGCGCCUGCAGUUCUCUCAACCACUGUGCCUGUGCGGCGUCCGCGGCGUGGUCGUCCAGCACCUGCCUCAUUCGAUGAAAUGCAUGAUAUAUAUCACAAGUACGGUAGAAUGCUCAAGUAUUCAGGCGAUGCUCGCUUCUGGUCCACAUAUCCUGCCACACACAAGGAGUAUCGUCCUUUGGCUAACCCACCCCCUCCCAACUCUCCAUAUCAUAAACAUGGAGGCCUCAUAGCCCGCCUAGAGCUGGUAGAUGCACUUGUCUGCUUCACCUACUCAUUGUGGAGCAAGGAUUUCAGCAGAAAAUCUUGCUUCCGUGAGACUUGGGCUACAAUCGAGGCAUUCCUUGGCUGGUGUAAAAACAAAUGGAUCGCUGAGCUUGAUACCAUUGGCGAUCGUGAAAAAGCCCUCUUGGGCUUGAUCUGGAUGAUUGAAGGAUUCAUCCACGGGCGCAAGUUCUUCUUUUCAGCCAAGAUGGUCAUAGAACCUGAAAUGGAACGCACAUGGGCGAAAAUGAAGGCUGACAUGGCAGCACUCAGCAAGGAGGCGGAGAAAGCGGAGAUGAACGGCAUGGUGGGCAGCGCAGGGCAGCUAUCCCUCGGCUCACAGCCGACACCACCAAUGCUUCCUUCUCCUGCAAGCAUAGCUCCUGCUAAUAGCGCGAACUCCACGCCCAUAAACAGCAGUGCGAGCGGCACUCCGAACGCGAGCUCCUCCUCUAGCAAUACCAGUCUGGCCAACUCGUCCGCUCCAUCGCGGCCAGCACCUCCAAUCUCUACCGCACUCCCGCAGUAUAUGCACGGUCUUCUGCCUCAGACAACCAAGGGACAACCCGCGAGCUACAAUAUGGUCGAGGCAGCUGCUAAGGCAACAGCGACCAUUGGUCCCGUGGUGACGUAUUCCGUCAAAGAGUUGUCAGGUGGUGUAAUGGCCGCGGGAUACUGUAUGGAGUAUGCUCAACGCACUCUGACCCUGCCCAUACUGGCACGCCAUUAUCCCACGACAUUCGCCCGAAUGAUGAGCUCAAGUCUAACUGCGCACGAAGAGCAUGAGCCUGACAUCGAAGAUGAAGAAGGGGAACUGUUCUGGCCUGGCCAGUGUGUAACCGGAGAGGGUCUCGGUUGGGUUUGCCUGAUGGGUAAAGCCAUGAUCAAGGAAUUUGGUCGUGAUAUUGGUUAUCUCGGACUCGCUGGCGUUGUCCCCAAGCCCGCUCCUGGACCGAUUUCAGGCGACUCGUCCCGACAUGCGUCCGUGCUCCGGUAGCAGGCCAUACCAUUCCACACGCGCGGUUCUCAUUUAUUAUCGACAUCAUCAACUGGAGUCACGAUUUUACUUACUAUCCAUGGAAGAUCUUGGAUGGAUUUUCUCAGAUUUUCUUGGAAUUCUGCACAAGGUUUUCAAGCCUUUCCGAUCACUCGCCCUAUCGCGCCAGCCAUCCUCUAUGGACGUUGCCUGCGCUCUAGCGAACGCGUCCUACCCUUCGUAGCACUAAACCU